AUGUCUUGUAUAUUUUUUAUUACUGUUUUAUCAAUAAUUUUGACUGUGGAAAGCAAAGUGUGCAAAUCGGUGGAUGUUAGAAAUACUCCGAGUCACAUUUCUGAAUUUAGUGAUUGUCGAGUUAUAGACGGUUCCUUGCAAAUUGUUCUUAUGGAGAAUCUUGACGCUACUGAUUAUAUAAACAUCAGUUUUACAGAACUGUUUGAGAUUACUGAAUAUUUGCUAAUUUAUAGAGUGAUGGGCUUAACAACACUGGAUUCAAUAUUUCCGAAGCUUGCCAGUAUUAAAGGGAAUUCGUUGUUUCUUGGACAUUCCCUUGUGAUUUAUGAAUUGCUAAACCUAGAGGAGAUUGGAUUAAAACAUUUACAAAGCAUUGAAAAUGGAAAUGUAAAAAUUGCAAAUUGUCCUAAUCUCUGCUACGUAAACACUAUUAAUUGGACUUCAUUGGGUGUUUCACUUGUCCAUUACAACGAAACUGCAAUUUGCAGUGAGCAAAAUUGUCCAUUUGAGUGCAGGGGGUUUUGUUGGAAUUCUUACACUUGCCAGAAUACGGCUAAAACAAGGUGCGAUCCUUCUUGUAUUGGCUGCACCCAAGACUUUUCGUCUAAACAUUGCGUUCAAUGUAAAUAUUUUAAUAAUAGUGGCACUUGUCUCGAAAAUUGUCCCAAAAACAAAAUCGCUGACAAACACUCUGGACAAUGUAUAGAACGAAAAGACUGCAUUUCGAAAAAUGGUUCUUGGACAAUUUUUAGAAACGCGUGUGUUCCAAAAUCAUUAGAAAAUGCCGGCAUUACAAACUCAUCAAAAAGGAAGAUAUGUGAAGGAAUGAAAAUAGUCAACCAUUUUGAACUCGAACAAAUGGUUAAUUGUACUCAUAUCAACGGUUCCUUAGAAAUCUCUUUAGGGGGAAGUGUAGUUCUCAGUGAUUUAGAACGAACUUUGGGGAAAAUCGUCUCGAUUUCAAAAUAUUUGAAAAUAAGUCGAUCACAUAAACUCACCUCUUUGCAAUUUUUCCAUAAAUUGAGGACAAUUAAAGGGGAACAGCUGUGGAGUAAGUACUACUCCUUAUAUAUCGUUAAAAAUCAAAAUUUGCAACAACUCUUUGACAAAAGAUUUAAGCUCAAUAUCGAAAAUGGGACAGUAAUAUUCCAAGACAAUCCACAUCUGUGUCCUCGUUAUGUCGACAAGUUUUUUAAUGUCACGAAAAUUGCCAGUAAAUAUGAACCUUACAAAUUUAACAACGGGCAUCAAGCAUCUUGCAUUAUUAAAGACAUGAGUGUUUCAAUCGAAUCAAUUAAUUCAACUAAUAUCACACUGUCAUGGAAAAAUGAGAGUGGUAGUAAAACCAUUCUUGGUUACACUAUUUUUUAUACUUACACAAUGGGGGAUAGAGAUCUUCUGAAAAUCAAAGAUGAAAUUGGCGAAGUUGAUGGGGACAGUUGGUCGAGUAUUUUUGUCUCAAAUACUUCUGUAAUAAUUGAAAAUUUGUAUCCUUAUUCUCAUUAUGCAUAUUACAUCAAAACACAUUUUUUGACAUCGUUUGAAAAUAUACAAACACCGGUUUACUCUUUCAGUACGCCACCAGGUGAUCCAACUGAACCUAUAGGACUAGAAGCGGAGGCUAAAAGUGACACCAUAAUCGAAUUGAAGUGGAAAAUUCCUAAUUACAUUAACGGGGAAUUGUCUUAUUAUAAAUUAGCAAUUUACGUACAAAAAGAUUACUUGCCAAUGAUUCUCCAAAGGAAUUACUGUCGCAAUCCCUUUGUUGGGAAUGGUUGUACUUGUUUAAAAAAAGACAUAUUACAUUUAUUUCUCCAAAAAAACGUAUGUAUAGGGCAGGACGGGGAUCAUUAUUGCAACGAUAAAACCGUCUAUGAGGUUGUUGAAGCGCCCAAAAGCGAGCCUCCGAAGAUUAGGAUACACAAGAGAUCUGUUGUUUUUAACAGUACUGUUUUACGUGUACAAGAAUUUAUCAUCAAUGCGACGGAUAAUUACACACUGACACUACCAGUUUAUGGCCUCGAACACUUUACUAUGUAUACUUUCUACUUGAGAGCUUGUAACAGUAAAAUAUCUGAAAAUGAUACUGAGCACUGUGGUGGUCCCGAAAUGGUGUCUGAAAGAACCCUAAAGAAUGAAAGCGCCGACAUUAUUUCAUUUCUGAGUAUUCAAAUCAAUAAAAUUGAGGCAAAUAUCAGUUGGACACAGCCAGAAUCUGUCAACUCUGUUAUUCUUGCCUACGAUUUAGAAUACAGAAGAAAUAUUGCCAGCGGUUCAAUUUCUACUUGUAUAACAAGCAAAAAGUUUGAUAAACAAGGAUAUAUAGUACUUCAAGUGGCACCUGGUAGAUAUUCUGUGCGUGUUAGAGCUCUUUCCUUAGCCGGAUAUGGUGAAUAUACCACAUGGCAUUAUUUUGAAAUUUUUGCGGAAAGUUCGCAUACGAAUCAUGAAUGGAUAACUGGACUUUUAAUUUUUUUUGGUGUUAUUAUUAUUAUUGUAAUUGGACUUGUGAUCUAUCGCCGGUUUAAGUUAGCACAGAACAAUGACACUGAUCACUUGAUACUUGGCAAUCACAAUACCGAAAUGACUGAUGAUGAGUGGGUUCUUGACCAAGAAACUGUUGAAAUUAUUAAAGACUUAAAGCAAAAUUUAGUUGGAAUGUUGUAUCGCAAAAAAGAGGGCUAAUUAAUUACAAAAUUGUGAUUUUUUUUAUUGCAAAAAAUGUAUUUUUGUGUUAGCUAUAGACAUCUGUAGGAUAUACUCCGUCAGCAGAAAAUUCAAAACUGGGGUUGGCGUAGUGACAUCCUUUGGGAGAGUCCUGUCGAGCUUUCACGUUAUGUUCGGGCAGUAUCCAAGAGGUGGCGUCGUUAUAAAAGCUUUCGCUUGAAAUUGUUCCAACUUUUGUUCGUCUCAGAAUAAAUCCUACAAAAUUUAAA